UAUGGCAUCCUCCAACGAAAACGAAAUUGUUUACUCAAGAAAUCAUCGUUGCAAAGCUUUACUGAAAGAAACUGACUUAAAACCUAAUGACCAUCCUUUGCAUUUGAUUAUUUCUAGGAAAUCUGCAUCUUCACUUGGCAUUUCAGCGGAUGACAACCAAAUAUAUUUGUCGUUAUGGACGAACACGAAAGUUUCUCAAGAAAUUAUGACACACCCACCUGGGAAAAGUCAGGGAUGCAUAUUUCAAAGAAUGUUAUCAAAUAGCCAAAAUUUCCCCGAAAUUCUUGUACCUGAAUCAGAUGAAGGUAAUGUAGAUGUGGAGGAUAUGACAACUGGUUUAGAUAUUGAAGUGUUUGUCACUGUUAGGGUCAGAAAUGAGGAUGUGGAAGAAUCAAGUGAAUAUGAUAUAACAUUGACUUGUAGUCAGCAGUUUCUUACCCAUUACAAUAUAGAGAAUACAACAGUCUUUGUCCGUCCAGUCAAAUUAUAUCCAGUUAGUAACGUUGUGCUUGGUGUAAGUAGUCAUGAAACCUUUCAGUGGCUUACAAACAAAAAGUUUUGCAGUCGACUAUUAUUAGAGAUUCAGUCAAACUCGGUACUGAUUAGGACAAAGGAUGUUUUCCUUUCUUCAUAUGGGAACUUCCUUGAAGAUCCUGAUUUCAAAAGAAAUUUUUAUUUUGACAUAUUUGUUCUUGAAUGCUCACCAGUUCAGCAAGGUUUAAUUACAUCAAAGACAGAAUUUGUGUUAACUUAUCUUGGAGAUUUAGCAGCAGAACAAGAACAUUUUAAGUCUAAAAUGGAAUCCCUAGUGUCAAAUCCUAGACAGGGUGACCGCAUGAUUACUGGACCAUUUAAGGAUAUUCUUAUGUCAGACUUCAGCUUUGCUGUAAAUCCUAACUAUCUAAGUCCUGAAAUAGACCUGGAUGAACCAGAUUCAAUGCCAAGCUUUAAGAAAAAAGCAAAUGCCAUACAAAAUUGGAAAAAGAAAUCUAGAAGUGAAAUAGUUGGACAUUUUGAAUAUGAAGUUGUUCCUCAGCAGCCACUUUUUAGAAGAAUGUUAUGGAGGGAAGAAAAAGUACAAAAUUUUGAUCCCUUAUACUUUGUUGGAAUGUCACGAAAGCAAAUGAUCAAAGAAGGUCUAUUUGAUAGUAGUUAUGUGUUGAUAUCACCCGAGUAUUAUAAUGAUGACUGUGAUGAUGACAAAACAUAUUCACGGAUAGAAAGACUUUGUAUGGUUAGAUGCUUAGGGAAAGAGUAUGACAAAUCAAGGCGACUUUUCAUAUCCCCGUUAUGUCUUUUCAACAUGCAGAAUAAACCACCAAUAGAGCUGCCUAUUUCUUUAAUAAUGAAGGUUUGA